AUGGAGAUCGAAGUUCCGGUCCCUGCAAUCGAAUUCAACUUCGAUAGCACAUGUUCAUCUCCUUACAUGACUGCUCCUUCGAGUCCUCAACGCUUUGACAAUUUCUUCAACAGCGUCCCCACCACUCCCUCUUUCUAUCAACAGCCUAAAAGAAAAGGAGGAGAUACGAUUGACGGCGAGGACGGUGGCGGGUGCAAAGAUUUCAAGUUUGACUUUAGUGGACACUUAGAGAGGACUUCAUUGUCCGCGGAGGAGCUUUUCGAUGGCGGAAAGAUCCGGCCUUUGAGACCUCAACAACAUGAUUUUGAUCCAUCCGAAGCAUCGAGCGAGACAAGUCACGGAGGAGUAGUAUUACUCGUAGAACAACCGAAGCGAAAGCAAGAAGAAGAACAAGAGGACAAGAACAUACAAUGGGGACAACGUGGGAGAGAAAGGACGCACAAUGUUCAUAAAAAGACCAGAUCUUUGUCUCCUUUUAGAGUAUCCGACAUCAUGUUUGAAACAAAGGAGGAAAGUUCAUCAAAAAGUACAAUUUCUUGCAACACAAGCAACUCCAAAUCUUACGUCGAUUCAAUCCUCUCUGCCAUUUCGCUACCUUUCGGUAACGGAAAAUGGAAGUUGAAAGACAUUUUGUUGUUCAGGAGUGCAUCAGAGAGCAGAGCAACAACAAGUGAAGACUCCAUUAGAAGGAAAUAUGGUGUUCUGUGUAGGAAAGAACCGGAGGAUGUGAAAAUUUCAAGCUUCCGGUCCACAGAAAGCAUCGGUUCGGUUUCGAGGAGGAGAGGGCCGGUUUCGGCUCACGAGUUGCAUUACAAGACGAACCGGGCCGUCUCGGUGGAAAUGAAGAGGAAGACUUACUUACCUUACAGGAAGGGGCUCCUGGGAUGCAUGGAUUUCUAGAGGUAUUGGGUCUUUGACACGUGGAUGAACGGGAUUUCGUAAUUAAGCACUAUGUAUAUCAGUAUCAACUAGCAGCUCAUUUUUUUUCCAUACAGAGGUAGAUUGUCAAUGUAAACAGGUCAGGUUUAAAAGAAACUGCGAAUUUUUUUGGUUCCAAAUUGCAUAAUUCGG